GACGCGAGGGGUGUCAACACAGUCGGUAGCGGGAGGCUGGUGAUUGGUGACGGCUGUGUUGCUCUAUCGGAUUCUACAGUUCCCUUCGCGAUAACUGUUUGUGCCCUUUUCUUGGUGUUUCCCGUUUGCACGAACAAAAAUAUGUGGCCGCCCGGACUCGUUUGCUGCGUCCAUUAGCUGUGCGAACCACCGGCAGUCGGGAGGUCACGUGCGUGAAUGCGCUCAGCUGGGUUUGUGCUGUUGCGUGCAAAAACUCCGUCGGCCGCUCGCUGUCUCCGGUUUGCGUUGCAGAACGCCCCCUUUGCAUGAAUUUAUUGUGCUUGCACAGCCCUCAAAACUUGCAGUAUUUCUCUACUAGCUUGUACUCACCUUACUUGGAGCAAUGGACCCGUUGGGCUCACCUCUGGACAUUGUAGACGUUACGGUCCUGAAACGAUGGCACCAAAUUGCUCCUCGAGAGCCCGCCCUUACAGAAGAAAGCGAACCAGGUGCCCAAAACAGUUGCUACCGAGAGAAGACGCCGUUUCCCAUCAACGAAGAGCUUAAUCGAAAGAUUGCUCUAUGGGUUGGCGAUUUGACCAGCUUGAAUGCCCACGCCAUUGUCAACUCUACAAACGAAAAUCUGACAGACAAAAGCCCUCUAAGUCAAAGGCUCGUAGCGAGGGCCGGACCACAGAUGAGGCAAGACUUGCACAACGAAAUUCAGUCAUGCCGCACAGGAGAAGCUAAAUUGAGCAAGGGGUACAACCUUCCAGCACGGUUUGUGAUCCAUACAGUAGGGCCCAAGUACAAUGUCAAGUUCCACACAGCCGCAGAGACGGCCCUUCAUUCAAGUUACUGGCGGGUGCUGCAGAUGCUACCCGAGCAUGGGCUUCGCACUCUUGGGCUCUGCCCAAUACAUUCCGUUCGCAGGUCCUAUCCCACACAAGAAGGAGCCCACCUAGCUCUUAGAACAAUUCGUCGCUUUCUUGAAAGUCACGGGGACGCAGCGGACCUCAUUGUCCUUGCUGUAGAAGGUGGCGAAGUGGGCACAUAUGAGCAGCUGCUACCACUGUACUUCCCACGCACUAGCCUGGAAGAAGAGGCUGCACAGCGGAGGUUACCCAAAGAUAUUGGUGGGCCUCAUGGUGAGCCUCUGCUGCCUGAGAGAGGUAUCCGCAUUGUCGACAAGCCCUUUGGAGAGGAAGCAAGUGAAGAGAAGGAGCUGGAUCCAGGGCCCCUAAUGGAGGGGUCGGUGUGUGUCGGCCGUACAGCCUUCGCACGCAUGCAAGCCGAUGUCGACAGGCAGGGUGGACGUGUACUCUCAGAUCCCAUGACACGGGAAAUCCAACGUGCACAUAGAUACACCAGGCUAUUGCGGAAAGCCCGUCAGGAGGAUCUGCGCCCAGUGCGAGAAGCACGUUUCUUUUACGAGGCCGGACGAGAUAGAAGGGGGCGCCCUGUGUUUGUCUUUGUGGGACGAAGGUUUCGAGGCUUGAACCCAGAACAGGUGCUGCUGCAAAUCCUGCUCACGCUGGACACUGUGACACAGGCGUUUGUGGCUGUCUACCUUCACACAGUGGCACAAGAGCCCCCCGAGUUGGAGGCUCUCCUGAAAGAUGCGCUCGAGCUGUUGGGCCCCAAGCACCGGCAGAACCUGCACUGCCUCUACCUUGUGCAUCCAGGCUGGUGGACACGGGUGGCAGCAUGGUGGUUCUGCACAUUCCGUGCCCCUGACCUGAGGCAUCGGUUGUGCCUGGUGUCCAAGCUGGACGAGCUGUACCACGACAUUGCGCCUGACCAGCUGGAUCUGCCACGAUUUGUCCUUGACCAUGAUUUUAUGAUAAAUGGGCCACGACGACAAGAAAUUGCACCAGACAUGGGAUAGUCUUCCUGCCUCAUUUUACGUGUGGUGUCAUGCCACUUCGUUGAGGGCUUUUAAUUUUCUAUUUUGUACAGUGCUGAACUCGAAGCUUUUGCCAAAGCGAAAAGUUGCCUUAUCUCAUAUGUUGCUAUAAGGCACAUGUGUGCCUUUUAUUUUGUUUCUGUAGGGCAGAGUGAUGUGCGCAAGUUUUGUCAUUUGUUCUUGCUAGUCUUCAAAUAAUCAGUGGUUCACUGAGUAUUGUGUGUUUGGGGCUGGUAGUUACAGCUAUGGCAGCUGUAUGGGACAGGGGCUCAUGCUUUUCUCUUUUAUUAGCUGUUCGGAUGACUUCUAAGCUGAUGGAACGGAUGUUUCACCAGAUGAGCGGGACUUUUCUUUUAUGUGUAGAUAUCUGUUUUAUGUCAAUUCCUGCUGUUUGCAUAAGUUUGCAUGCAUUGGGCAGAUGUGGGAUAUGAAUAUAUUUUUUCUUACAAGACCUGCAGUGUUCAAUCUGUAAACAUUUUGUAUGUAUAAAGAUUUUCUAUGACAAUUUCA